AUGUCACAAAUACCAGAAGCUGAAGAGGACUUGUAUGAUCCAAUGCCCGUUGAUGAAUUUGAAGAUGGUCUUGGGAGAAGCUUGUAUCAAUCACAGAGUAGCUUCAACAGAGAAGGAAAUAGUGGUCAGGGUACCUAUAUGGCUGACGAGAGUCUCUUACAAGGCACUUUGCAUAAAGGUGGCCAUAAACAUGGACAAAAUACUGACAAAAUACUCGACCAGGACUUCUUCAAUGAUUUUCCGGAUGAUUUCGAUGAUGACGAUCUUAAAUAA